AUGGGCAAACGGUCACCAUUGAGCUUGAUAUCGGCGGCUAGCUCGGCCAAGAUGGUGGUGGCUGAGGUGCUCACUAAUCUGGUCGCCGCCGAUAUCAAUUCACUUGAGCAUGUCAAGCUCAGCGCACACUGGAUGUGCUCAGCCAGCCAUGGAAAUGAAAGCGCAUGGCUAUUUGAGGUCUCAUUUGAAAGGUUUUGUUACCCUUCACCGUCAUCCCAAUCAGCCGGUUUUGGCCUAUCACAACCGGACGGAGGCCUUUUUGUCAGCAGUGUUGAGAUGAGUUUUGUGGCUUGUUUGCGACUCCAAUUGACGCUUCCAGAACAAAUCCAGACUCCCGAAGGUAUCUUAUCAUUCCUCUUCAACGAGGAAGCUGGUGCGGUGAUCCAAUGUGAAGAGUCCAAGGUGACUUUGAUAACCGAGACUUUUGCUCAAUUCGGUCUCCCAGCUUUGUGCAUUUAA